CCCGCCCUGGCCGCGUCGGAGGGCCGGCAGCGGGGCUGGAUGUGCCCGGCUCCCCCCGCGCUGAGGCGGGCAGCGAUGCAGAAGGCAGGCGGCAGCUUCGCCUCCGCCGAGAGACACCCGCUCAAGAUGGCAGAUGUGUGUUGAGUUUGGGGGGCUGCGAUCUCGCGUCGUUCGUGGCGGCGUUGCCAUGAAUAACAGGCGUCCUUGCACCGAUGGCCCCCAUGUACGAAGGUAUGGCCUCGCAUGUGCAAGUUUUCUCUCCUCACACCCUUCAGUCAAGUGCCUUCUGUAGCGUGAAGAAACUGAAAGUGGAGCCGAGUUCGAACUGGGAUAUGACUGGGUACGGCACACACAGCAAAGUCUACAGCCAGAGCAAGAACGUGCAGUCCUCCCAAGCAGCCGCCGCAGCAGCCGUCAACGCCUCCCUCCAGAUCCCCAACCCCAGCAUCCCGUACGAACAGACCAUCAUCUUCCCAGCAAGCACGGGGCACAUCGUGGUGACAUCCGCCAACAGCACCUCUGGUGUGGUUGCAGUGUCUGGGCAAACACUGGGCGGGCCACACAACCUGAUGCGUCGCAGCACUGUGAGCCUUCUGGACACCUACCAAAAAUGUGGACUUAAGCGCAAGAGUGAGGAGAUCGAGAACACGAGCAGCGUGCAGAUCAUUGAAGAGCAUCCACCAAUGAUUCAGAACAAUGCCAGUGGGGCCACUGUAGCCACUGCCACCACCUCCACGGCCACCUCCAAAAACAGUGGCUCCAACAGCGAAGGGGAUUACCAGCUGGUGCAACAUGAGGUGCUCUGUUCCAUGACCAACACGUAUGAAGUGUUAGAGUUUCUUGGCCGUGGAACCUUCGGACAAGUAGUCAAAUGCUGGAAACGUGGCACUAAUGAGAUUGUGGCUAUCAAGAUCCUAAAAAACCAUCCUUCCUAUGCCCGGCAAGGCCAGAUUGAAGUGAGCAUCCUGGCUCGGCUGAGCACAGAAAGUGCGGAUGACUACAACUUUGUCCGUGCAUACGAGUGCUUCCAGCACAAGAAUCACACAUGCUUGGUGUUUGAAAUGUUGGAGCAGAACCUCUAUGAUUUCCUAAAACAAAACAAAUUCAGUCCCUUGCCCCUUAAGUACAUUCGACCAAUUCUCCAGCAGGUAGCAACUGCCCUAAUGAAGCUGAAAAGCCUGGGACUGAUUCAUGCUGAUCUCAAACCGGAGAACAUCAUGUUGGUAGACCCAUCCCGACAGCCAUAUAGGGUCAAGGUCAUAGACUUCGGUUCAGCUAGCCAUGUGUCUAAAGCUGUGUGUUCUACCUACCUUCAAUCCAGAUAUUACAGAGCCCCUGAAAUCAUCCUCGGUUUACCGUUUUGUGAAGCAAUCGAUAUGUGGUCGUUGGGAUGCGUCAUUGCAGAGCUGUUCUUGGGCUGGCCAUUGUACCCAGGAGCUUCGGAGUAUGACCAGAUUCGCUAUAUUUCACAGACGCAGGGCUUACCAGCAGAGUAUUUGCUAAGUGCAGGGACAAAGACCACGAGGUUUUUCAACAGGGAUACAGACUCACCGUAUCCUUUGUGGAGACUGAAGACACCAGAUGAUCAUGAGGCAGAGACGGGGAUUAAGUCGAAGGAAGCAAGAAAGUAUAUUUUCAACUGUUUGGAUGAUAUGGCACAGGUAAGAGCACUGGUGAACAUGACAACAGAUUUGGAAGGAAGUGAUAUGUUGGUGGAAAAGGCGGACCGACGGGAGUUUAUAGAUCUGUUAAAGAAGAUGUUGACGAUAGAUGCAGAUAAGAGAAUAACACCCAUCGAAACUCUGAACCACCCUUUUGUCACCAUGACGCACUUGCUCGAUUUCCCUCAUAGCACACAGUAUUUAUGGCACAGAUCCAGUUAUCAAGAUAUUACCUGUAAGAGAAGAAAGAUGACCAUUGUCAAGUCCUGCUUCCAGAACAUGGAGAUUUGCAAGCGGCGGGUGAAUAUGUAUGACACGGUGAACCAGAGCAAGACACCAUUCAUCACCCACGUGGCCCCGAGCACAUCAACCAACUUGACCAUGACUUUUAACAACCAGCUGAACACAGUCCACAACCAGACCACCAACCUGGCUCCCACCUCCUCCAGUGCCACUAUUUCCUUAGCCAACCCCGAGGUCUCCAUACUAAAUUACCAAUCUGCACUCUACCAGCCUUCAGCGGCGUCCAUGGCUGCGGUGGCCCAGAGGAGCAUGCCCCUGCAGACAGGAACAGCGCAGAUCUGUGCCCGGCCCGACCCCUUCCAGCAAGCUCUCAUCGUCUGCCCACCAGGCUUCCAAGGGUUACAAGCCUCCCCUUCGAAGCAUGCUGGGUAUUCAGUUCGGAUGGAGAACGCCGUUCCCAUUGUCACUCAGGCUCCUGGGGCCCAGCCUCUUCAGAUCCAGCCAGGACUCCUCGCACAGCAAGCAUGGCCUAGUGGCACCCAGCAGAUCCUGCUCCCUCCUGCCUGGCAGCAGCUGACCGGGGUGGCCACCCACACUUCUGUCCAACACGCGACCGUCAUCCCGGAGUCCAUGGCGGGCACCCAGCCGCUGGCAGACUGGAGGAACACCCAUGCUCACGGCAGCCAUUACAACCCCAUCAUGCAGCAGCCCGCGCUGCUGGCGAGCCACGUCACUCUCCCCGCCGCCCAGCCCGUCAACGUGGGUGUCGCUCACGUCAUGCGCCAGCCGCCCGCCACCACUGCUGCCUCCGCCAGGAAGAGCAAGCAGCACCAGUCAGCACCCCGAAAUGCAUCCACCUAUGAAGUUUCAUCCUCUCAAUCCAUCAGCUCACCUCAGCGGUCGAAACGGGUGAAGGAAAACACGCCUCCCCGCUGCGCCAUGGUGCACAACAGCCCGGCCUGCAGCACCUCCGUCACCUGUGGCUGGGGCGACGUGGCCACCAGCACCACGCGGGAGCGGCAGCGGCAGACGAUAAUCAUUCCUGACACCCCGAGCCCCGCAGUGAGUGUCAUCACGAUCAGCAGCGACACAGAUGAAGAGGAGGAGCAGAAGCAUGCACCCACCAGCACCUUGUCCAAGCAAAGGAAGAACGUCAUCAGCUGUGUCACCGUGCAUGACUCCCCCUACUCCGAUUCCUCCAGCAACAACAGCCCUUAUGCCGUACAGCAUCGCGCGGGGCAGAAUAACGGGAACACCUACGACACCAAAGGGGUUCCAGAGACUCACUGCAGUGGGAACCCCCGAACCAUCAUCGUGCCACCACUGAAAACCCAGGCCAGUGAGGUGUUGGUAGAGUGCGAUAGCCUGGCACCAGUCACCACCAGUCACCACUCAUCCUCCUACAAGUCCAAGUCCUCCAGCACCGUGACCUCCACCAGCGGUCACUCUUCAGGGAGCUCGUCUGGAGCCGUUGCCUAUAGGCAGCAGCGACCAGGAGCACAUUUCCAGCAGCAGCAGCCUCUUAAUCUAAGUCAGGCCCAGCAGCACAUCACAACCGAUCGCACAGGGAGUCACCGGAGACAGCAAGCCUACAUCACUCCAACGAUAGCUCAGGCCCCGUACUCUUUCCCGCACAAUAGUCCCAGCCAUGGCACGGUUCAUCCUCACUUGGCCGCGGCUGCCGCUGCUCACCUGCCCACCCAACCCCACCUCUACACCUACACCGCCCCCGCCGCCCUGGGCUCCACCGGCACCGUCGCACACCUGGUGGCCUCCCAAGGGUCUGCGCGGCACACCGUGCAGCACACCACCUACCCCGCCAGCAUCGUCCACCAGGUCCCGGUCAGCAUGGGCCCGCGGGUUCUGCCCUCACCCACCAUCCACCCGAGUCAGUACCAGGCUCAGUUUGCCCAUCAGACCUAUAUCAGUGCUUCUCCGGCCUCCACAGUCUACACUGGAUACCCACUGAGCCCCACCAAGGUCAACCAGUACCCUUACAUCUAAACACUGGAAUAAGGAGGGAGAGACGCACCCGUCCCGGGGGAGCGAGGCGGCCACUUUUGUACUGAAGAUACAUGACAAACAAUGCAAUGGGAGGCUCGCACGAAACUUGAACGAAGGAGACUUUGAGGAAGAAACGAAAAAGAGGAAAGAAGGGGGAGAACCAAUUCUACACUUUUUAUUUAAAAAAAAAAAAAAAAAAAGAAAAUGGAAAAAAAAAAAAAAAGAACAGAAAAAAAAUAA